GUAAGCGCGUCGUGUGAGGCGCAGCGGAGAGUGUGCGUUUGGAGUGCAGGAGGUUUUGUGAAGUUUGAGGCGUCCACUCGGAGGACACGGGCAGUGUUGGCAGGGGGUUCCCGUCCCAAGCCAGCCCGCUUAUUUAGCGACGGUAGCCCGCGUACAGCAAAGGUGUGCCACCCGCCUUGCCGAGCCGCCGGUCUGCCCUGGAAGAGCGGUCGACAUGAGGUUCAGAGUUGGAUUUACUUUGCGGAGUUUGGUUGUGAUCGGGACCUUCCUGGGUCUGGUGCUGCUGUGGUCGUCCCUCUCGCCGAAACCCGACGAACACGACCCUUUUGGGAAAAGGGAUGACGGUGUGCUGCCUCGAGGUGAGCCUGAACACUUGAGACCCGUUGUUCCCUGGCCUCACGUCGAGGGAGUGGAGGUUGACUUGAACUCCGUCAGACUCAAACAUGGGGUCAAGCAUCCCCAGAUACAAAACCAAAACCCAAAUCAGAAGCAGGUGAUCCAGCAGCAGUAUAUUACAUUCAAGCCUCAUUCGAACCCCUACACUAGCCCAGUCCUAAAAAGAGGAAUCCCUGGGAACUUUGAGCCGAAGGAACCUGAGCCUCCAGGGGUUCCAGACGGUCCAGGAGAGGCGGCCAAGUCCUUUGUCCUUGGGCCAGAGUACAAAGACGCCGUCCAGGACUCGGUUAAAGAGUUUGGCUUCAACAUGGUGGCUAGUGACAUGAUCUCGUUGGAUCGGACCAUUAAUGACCUCCGGCAUGAGGAGUGUAAGUACUGGCACUAUGAUGACCGACUGCUGACCUCCAGCGUGGUGAUAGUUUUCCAUAAUGAGGGCUGGUCUACGUUGUUGAGGACCGUCCACAGCGUCAUCAAAAGAACACCAAGAAAAUAUCUGGCUGAGAUAGUGCUGAUUGACGACUUCAGUAACAAAGUCCAUUUAAAGGAGCGAUUGGAGGAGUACAUCAAACAAUGGAAUGGUCUGGUCAAACUUUUCAGAAAUGACAAGAGGGAGGGCCUAAUCCAGGCCAGGAGCAUAGGAGCCAACAAGGCAACUAAAGGACAGGUGCUGAUUUAUCUUGAUGCCCACUGUGAGGUUGGAGUGAACUGGUAUGCCCCACUGGUAGCUCCAAUUUCAAAAGACAGGACCGUGUGUACGGUGCCACUGAUAGAUUAUAUUGACGGUAAUGAGUAUACUAUGGAGCCCCAGCAGGGUGGGGAUGAGGAUGGUCUUGCUAGAGGAGCGUGGGAUUGGAGCCUGCUCUGGAAGAGAGUGCCGCUUAGCCAGAAAGAGAAGGCCAAGCGAGCACACACCACAGAACCCUACUGGUCUCCAGCCAUGGCCGGUGGUCUGUUUGCCAUAGAGAGAGACUUUUUCUUCGAGUUGGGUCUCUACGACCCUGGACUGCAAAUAUGGGGGGGCGAGAAUUUUGAAAUAUCAUACAAGAUCUGGCAGUGUGGCGGGCAGCUGUUAUUCAUACCAUGUUCCCGUGUCGGCCAUAUCUACAGACUACAGGGCUGGCAGGGCAACCCUCCACCUGCACAUGUUGGAUCAUCACCCACACUUAAGAACUAUGUACGUGUUGUGGAAGUGUGGUGGGAUGAGUAUAAGGACUACUUCUACGCUAGUCGUCCUGAAACCUUGACCCUAGCUUAUGGGGACAUUAGCCCGCUGAAACGCUUCAGGGAGGAACACCGCUGUAAGAGCUUCAAAUGGUUCAUGGAGGAAAUUGCUUAUGACAUUCCAGUCUACUAUCCUCUCCCUCCAAAAAAUGUACACUGGGGUGAGAUUCGAGGCUUUGAGACCAGUUACUGUAUUGACAGUAUGGGUCACACCAAUGGAGGCAACGUAGAGACUGGGCCUUGCCACAGGAUGGGUGGCAACCAGUUGUUCCGCAUCAAUGAAGCCAACCAGCUGAUCCAGUAUGACCAGUGUUUGACCAAGGGAGCCGACAGUUCAGCCAUCAUCAUCACCCACUGUGACUUAAACCAGCACACCGAAUGGAAAUACUUUAAGGAUCUUCAUCGGUUCAGUCACUUGCCGACUGGUAAAUGUCUGGACCGCUCUGACUUGCUGCAUAAAGUCUUCAUGUCGGACUGCGACACCAGUAAAACCACUCAGAAAUGGGAGAUGAACAACAUCGUGGCUGUAUAAGGACUGCACGACGCACAAACCAACAUGCACACACACACACACACACACACACACACACACACACACAAAUACAAAACUAAUGACUGUAUGAAGAUAUGCACACCGACACCCACGGACUUCAAUGUACAUUCACAUGACCAAGGCACACGGCCACCGAGAGGCGAUCUGUCCACAACCUCCAGAUGCCACCGUAGUGGCCGGCGAGCACCUGGGCCAACGCCGUCCCCACAAGUCCCCAUGCUGGAGAAACACUGGGCGACAGCAAGACCACUGGAAUACCUGGGCUCUGUCAUCCGGGGUCCGUCUUUCCCUGGCAGGUUAAAGAGCGCAAGAAGACAAUAGCCACUCCAUCUCUUUUCUGUCAUCCCUUCUCUGUUCCCUUAUGCCCAUCCUUUUGCCCCACCCUGUUCUGCUCUUCUCUAGUGAUUGUGUUUACAUCAUAUCUCUUGAUCAGCUUUUCUGGGGUCUCAGGUGUUUUCUAAACCGGUCAUUUUAUUUAUUGAUUAGCCGAUCACGUCGACUCAAACGCUCCAGUUGCAGUUGUCAUUCUCGUCGUUCUUUUUUUGUGUUGUUAUUUUUUUCACGAGACUUUCACUCACCGUCACUCAUGUUUUCAGCCCACGGGCACGUUUAAAUGAACCGUACACUGGUUGGCAUCACGCUGGUUUUGCCAUGAGUAGUGGGUCAUACUCAAAAGAUCUAAGACACACAUGGUAGAUAUGACACUCCCAAAACACACAACAACCCUCAGAAGUGACAAGAACACUAUAUUCAUGAAACGAGAACACUAAAUGUAUGCUUCAGAUAUUCUUUUAGUUGGUGGAAUAACAGUUAGGUCCCCCCGUUUAACAGGUUAUGAUAUUUGACAUCAUGCCGGUGUUAAUUUAUGAAUGGAAAGCUUUUUAGUUGGCGCUAAAUUAGCACUUUUAAAUGGCAAAGCGUUAGCUGGUUAGCCUUGUUCUAAUUGUUGUCACAGUGAUGUGUAUAAAUGAGGAAAAGCUAGCUAGUUUUGCUAUUUUUAUUACCUUAUUAUGACAGGCCUUUAGCGUGAUGCAAACAAACUGUCACCACACUGUCUUGCUAAGUUGCGUCGUCGCUAAACAGCCAAUGACUUUCUGUUAGCAGUGAUGGUUUUGGAGGGUUGUCACUGUUGUGCGGUCAGUUUGUGGGACUAAUGUGACACGACGAAUAAAUAAUUCUCCAUGUAGAUGCAAACCAACAUGGAAAAAAGUAAAAUUAGUGGAACAGACUUGUUUUCUUGAAACCAUCUCAAGACAGGAGCUCAACAUGCAGUUUUGAAACCUGCCAUUUUCCUGCGUCUUGUCGAGUACAUUUACUUUCUAAUGAGGGAAAACUGCUCACACGGCGCCAUCGUUUUGUGUGACCACUUUGCAUCGGCAUUGCUUUUGCUCUAAUGACAUCUGGCAUGCGUCGUUUUCCCAUUUGUUAUUACUCACAGUUCUCUGCCUUGGUAUUCUACGAUUUAAGAGUUUCGCUGACGUUCGUAGACUUCCUCUCUUAAGGAAUUGGAUAUUAACAUAAUACUGGAUUGCAUUAGGUAGCCUAAAACCUGUUUCUAGCAGCACUGUUGAACUGGUGUAACUGUUUCACCGCCUGCUUUCCUGUCUGACUGAAGAGCUCAUCAGCAAAGCAGAGCUGUGCUUUCCUGUCUGACUGAAGAGCUCAUCAGCAAAGAGGAGCUGUGCUUUCCUGUCUAACUGAAGAGCUCUUCAGCAAAGCAGAGCUGUGCUUUCCUGUCUAACUGAAGAGCUCUUCAGCAAAGCAGAGCUGUGCUUUCCUGUCUAACUGAAGAGCUCGUCAGCAAAGCAGAGCUGUGCUUUCCUGUCUGAUUGAAGAGCUCGCCAGCAGAGCUGUGCUUUCCUGUCUGACUGAAGAGCUCGUCAGCAGAGCGGAGCUGUGCUUUCCUGUCUGACUGAAGAGCUCAUCAGCAGAGCGGAGCUGUGCUUUCCUGUCUGACUGAAGAGCUCGUCAGCAGAGCGGAGCUGUGCUUUCCUGUCUGACUGAAGAGCUCGUCAGCAAAGCAGAGCUGUGCUUUCCUGUCUGACUGAAGAGCUCGCCAGCAGAGCUGUGCUUUCCUGUCUGACUGAAGAGCUCGUCAGCAGAGCGGAGCUGUGCUUUCCUGUCUGACUGCAGAGCUCAUCAGCAAAGCAGAGCUGUGCUUUCCUGUCUGACUGAAGAGCUCGCCAGCAGAGCUGUGCUUUCCUGUCUGACUG